AUGGAUUUCAUUUUACUCAUAUUGCUGCUAGUGCUGCUUCCUCAGAUAGUCUGCAAAUCUCGUAGGUGCAGCAUCACCCAUCCAUAUUCUUCAUAUCAUAAAUACCAACAACCAGGAGAUAUCAUUGUUGGUGGCAUAGCUUCUCAAACUGGCAUCCUACCAAAAGAAGUCCUUUUCACUGAAACCCCUUCACCAGUAUUGCCAGGAGAGUUUGUCUUAAUUCCUAAGAAUUACCAGCACAUUCUGGCUAUGGCGUUUGCAGUGAAGGAGAUCAAUGAAAGCCCACAGAUCUUACCCAAUCUCACCUUAGGUGUCUGCAUCUAUGAUAGUUAUGAUAAUGCCCAGAAAACCUACCAGGCCACCUUACGACUUCUAUCAUCAAUGGAGGAAUUGGUCCCCAACUAUGUAUGUAACAUCCAGAAUGACGUAGUAGCUGUUAUUGGAGGACUAGAUGCGCAAAUUUCUCUUCAUGUGGCAACUAUUUUAGAUACUUAUAAGAAACCACAGGGGAUUUGUUUUUCUUUUAUUGAAAGAAUCCCAAAAUUUAGUGAUAUUACUAAACUUGAAGGUAUGAUUCAGCAGGGGGUAAAAGUAUAUGAUAGUAUCAUGGGUAGUAAAGCUAAUGCAUUUGUAAUUUAUGGAGAAUCUUUCUCUAUGAUGUUCUUGAGAUGGUUUCAGUAUAUUCCAAAUCUGGAAUCAGUGAGAAGUAAACCCAAAGGUAUUGUGUGGAUAAUGACAGCCCAGAUGGAAUUCACUUCAUCAGCUUUUCAACUCCAUUGGGAUACAGAUAUAAUCCAUGGUGCCCUCUCCUUGUCAAUGAAAUUUGCUGAUAUACCAGAAUUCAAAUCAUUUAUUCAGGAAAAAAAGCCCUUCAGUACAAAAGAAGAUGGGUUUAUCAGUCUAUUCUGGCAAGAAGCUUUCAACUGUGUCUUUCCUAAUAUGGCAAUGAGUGAUGUGCCUGACAAUAUUUGCAGUGGAACAGAGGAUCUGAAGAGCCUUCCUGGAUCUCUUUUCGAAAUGAAAAUGACUGGUCACAGUUACAGCAGUUAUAAUGCUCUUUAUGCUAUAGCUAAUGCUUUACACGCUCUGUCCUCUUUUAAACAUAAACACAAAGUUAUGGCAGAGAGAGAAGGAGAGAUGAUACCUAAUCAAGGCCUCUGGCAGCUCCAUUAUUUUCUGAGGGGUGUUUCUUUUAACAACAGUGCUGGAGAUCUGGUUUCUUUUGAUCAGAAUGGAAUAGUAGCAGCUGGAUUUGAUAUCAUCAACUGGAUUGCUUUUCCAAACAAAUCAUUUCUUCGGGUGAAAGUUGGGAAAAUUAAUCACUUAGCUUCUCCAGAUGAACUUUUAACUAUUAAUGAAGACAUCAUUACAUGGCAUAAUUGGUUUAACCAGGUGAUACCCAUCUCUGUUUGCAGUGAUAGUUGCUAUCCUGGUUUCAGCAAAAAAGUGAAGGAAGGAGAGCCAUUUUGCUGCUAUGAUUGCAUCCCCUGCCCAGAAGGGAGAAUUUCAACUGAGAAUGACAAAAAUGAAUGUUUGAGCUGCCAAGACAAAUACUAUCCAAACAAGAAAAAGGAUUUCUGUAUUCCCAAGGUUAUAAGUUUCUUGUCUUAUGAAGAACCUUUAGGGAUCAGUUUAGCAUCUCUUGCACUUACCUUUUCUUUAACUACAAUCCUUAUAUUAGGAACAUUUAUGAGGAACCAUAACACUCCCAUUGUCAAAGCUAACAACCAGAGCCUGACCUACACACUCCUUAUCUCCCUCCUGCUCUGCUUCAUUUCAGCAUUGCUAUUCAUUGGUAAACCAGGGAAAGUGGCCUGUCUUCUCCGACAAACAACUUUUGGCAUCAUCUUUUCAGUGGCCGUUUCUUCUGUCUUGGCAAAAACUAUCACAGUUGUUCUUGCUUUUAAGGUCACCAAACCAGGAUCCAGAAUGAGGAAGUGGGUGGGAAAAAAGUUAACCAAUUCCGUUGUUGCCUCUUGUUCUCUGAUCCAAGGAAGCAUCUGUAUUUUGUGGCUAGCAAUGACUCCCCCAUUCCCAGAUGUUGAUAUGUUCUCAGUGACUGAAGAAAUUAUCCUGCAAUGUAAUGAAGGCUCUGUGGCCUUGUUUUAUUGUGUCCUUGGAUAUAUGAGUUUCUUGGCUCUUGUCAGCUUAAUCACAGCUUUUCUUGCCAGGAAAUUACCUGACAGUUUCAAUGAAGCCAAGUUCAUCACCUUCAGCAUGUUGGUCUUUUGCAGUGUUUGGUUGUCCUUUGUCCCAGCAUACCUGAGCUCCAAAGGGAAAUACAUGGUGGCUGUGGAGAUCUUUUCCAUCUUAGCCUCUGGUGCUGGGCUUUUGGGUUGCAUCUUCUCCCCCAAAUGUUAUAUCAUUGUAUUCAGGCCUGACCUAAACAUCAGAGAACAAUUAAUAAGACAAAAAUAA